UUCUUUUUGUUUAUCUCCAUUUGUGGACCCACAAAAGUUGGUCGCUUGGUGCCGAUUCCGUUGCUUUUCUAACUCUUACUGGAGCGACGUGCAAGCAAGAAUCCAAUACGUCUGACGUCAGUGCACUAACACGGGUGCAUUGCUGAUAAAACCCAAAAAAUUCGGCAAUAUGACGACUCAUUUCAUGAAUGUUCUGCGACAGGCCUUUAAGACAUUCGAUCGGGCCAACCACGCCAGCUUCAAUGCCAAUCUGCAGCACCUGAAGCAGCUCACAGAUGAGCUCACCUAUCGCGAUCUUCACAUCAAGGAGGAGCUCUUUCGACCCCACGCUGGGGCGCCGUCCCACAGCCAGGGGCGAGCGCCCUGCAGCUACAUGCACAUCUUUGAGGACGAGCGCUUCUCCAUGAGCCUGUUCAUUGUGCGCGGCGCCAGCUCCAUUCCCCUGCACGACCAUCCCAUGAUGUUUGGCCUGCUGCGCUGCAUCUGGGGUCAGCUGCUCGUUCAGAGCUACACACAGCAGCUGGAGCCCGACGAGCCACUGCAAUACGACACGGAUCCCAUUGUGGUGAAGGUGAACGCCGAGGAGCCCUGCCUGGUCUCGCCGCACAGCCCUAGCGCCAUGCUCACGCCACGCAAGCGAAACUAUCACCACAUUACAGAGGCGGGCGGCGGCGUGGCCGCCUUCUUCGAUAUACUCAGUCCACCAUACGACGUGGACAUGCCCCUCUAUGGCCCACGCAGCUGCCGCUUCUAUCGGCCCAAGUUGGAUGCGGGCCAAUUGCAGCUGCACUGUAUCCCCUCGCCGCCCACCUACUAUUGCGAUGUGGUCGACACGCCCAAGUCUGUGGUGAAAUGUGCCUUCAAAUGCGCCGACGACGCCUAUGCCGAGAACGUACCCGAGACGCAGUGAAGCGUGUUCCCCCCAUCAUUUGUAGACUGCAGCUAGACCCACAAGCGAGCAAGCAUUUUCUGUGUUAUUUCAAUAAAUUUGCCUUCCUCUUUUUUUU